AUGGCUAGAAAACAUAAUAGUGAAUCCAGUGACCAUAAUUCGAGCGACGAGAAAAACCUACAUCGUAACCGUCGCAAAAGGCAAAGACGAAAACGAGAAAGAGGAGGAAAUCACGGUGAUCAUGAGGAGAAUCGGCGGAGCAAGCGUUCACGAUCUUCUGAUAAAGAAGAAGAUGAUGACAAGAAUGCCGUUAGGGGUAGAAAUCGUGAUCGAGAAAGAAUUAGAGAUUAUGAUGAUGAUGAUGAGAAUAGGCGUAGAGGAAAAUUGGAGGGGAAUUCUGAACGGUCGGAUGAAUCAGAAGAGAAGAGGGACAACGGAGCUAAAAGGGGUGAAAGGGAUAGAAGUAAUAGGCAUCACAUUGGAUGUAGGGAUUGGCGUAGUGAUAGACGGCUGGAAUCUGAAAAUGAUCGAUAUAGAAAUAGGGAUCAUAGCCGUCGCUCACGGCAUGAUUCGGAUAGUGAUGACGAGGAUCGAAGAAGAAGGUCCCGCAGAAGAAUCGAAGGAGAGAAUAUAAGUGAUGGUUGGGAGCUAGAAUCUGAAAAUGAUAGGUAUAGAAAUAGGGAUCACCAUUGUCGUUCGCGGCAUGAUUCGGAUGAUGAUGGUAAUGAGGAUCGCCGUAGAAGGUCCCACAGAAGUACGGAAGGAGAGAAUAUAAGUGAUGGUAGAUUGCCGGAAUCUGAAAAUGAUAGGCGUAGAAAUAGGGAUCAGCAUCGUCAUUCACGGCAUAAUUCUGAUGAUGAUGAUAAUGAGGAUCGCCAAAGAAGGUCUUGCAAAAGUAAGGAAGGCGAGAAAAGAAGUGAUAAGAUAGAGAAUGAUAGUCAGCCAGACACUGGAAACAGAGAUGAAAAUAGUUUUAAGGAGAAGGUAGGAGAAAUCAAGCAGAAGCAAGCAGCUCCACAAGAAACUAACUUGAAUGGUGAUAGGGCCGAUUUAGGUAGGAGUGGAGGGGUUUAUAUUCCUCCAUUUAAAUUGGCAAGAAUGUUGAAAGAGACGCAGGAUAAGAGCAGUGUAGAGUAUCAACGAUUAACGUGGGAUGCCCUUAAAAAAAGUAUCAAUGGGCUUGUUAACAAAGUCAAUGCUACUAAUAUAAAGAACAUUGUUCCAGAACUGUUUGCUGAGAAUCUUAUUCGAGGAAGGGGUCUCCUUUGUCGUUCAUGUAUGAAAUCUCAGAUGGCAUCCCCAGGUUUCACUGAUGUUUUUGCUGCAUUGGUGGCUGUUGUUAACACCAAGUUUCCUGAGGUGGGGGAUUUACUAUUGAGAAGGAUUGUUUUACAGCUGAAGAGAGCAUAUAAGCGGAACGAUAAGCCUCAAUUAUUAGCUACUGUUAAAUUUAUAGCACAUCUUGUGAACCAGCAAGUGGCUCAUGAGAUUAUUGCUUUAGAACUGCUAACAGUUUUGCUGGAGAACCCUACUGAUGACAGUGUCGAGGUGGCUGUUGGUUUUGUCACGGAAUGUGGCUCAUUACUUCAGGAUGUUUCACCCAAAGGCCUCCACGGUAUUUUCGAGCGUUUUAGGGGUAUUCUUCAUGAAGGAGAGAUAGAUAAACGCGUUCAGUUUCUUAUAGAGGGGUUAUUUGCUAUAAGGAAAGCCAAGUUUCAGGGGUACCCUGCUGUUCGUCCAGAACUAGACCUUGUUGAGCAAGAGGACCAAUUAACUCAUGAGAUAUCUCUCCAAGAUGAGAUCGAUCCAGAAAUCUCCCUUGACAUUUUUAAAACGGAUCCUCAAUUUUUGGAGAAUGAAAAGCAAUAUGAAGAGUUGAAGAAAAGCAUCCUUGGUGAGGAAUCUGAAGAUGAAGAGGGUUCAGAUUCAGGUGAUGAUGAUGAUGAGGAAGAGGAGGAUGAUGAAUGUGAUGCGGAAGAUGAUCAGAUGAAAAUAAAAGAUGAGACGGAGACAAAUCUUGUAAAUCUUCGAAGGACAAUCUACCUGACAAUCAUGUCGAGUGUAGAUUUUGAGGAGGCUGGCCACAAGCUGCUCAAAAUUAAGCUUGAGCCGGGGCAAGAGAUGGAGUUGUGCGUUAUGCUCUUGGAAUGCUGCAGUCAGGAGAGAACUUACCUUCGGUAUUACGGUCUUCUGGGGCAACGAUUUUGCAUGAUCAACAAAGUCUAUCAGGAAAAUUUUGAUAAAUGCUUUGUUCAGCAGUAUUCUAUGAUUCAUCGUCUUGAAACAAACAAAUUACGUAAUGUGGCAAAGUUCUUCGCACAUUUACUUGGCACAGAUGCUCUGCCUUGGCAUGUUCUCGCCUAUAUACGCUUAACUGAGGAGGAUACUACUUCUUCUUCCCGAAUCUUCAUUAAGAUUCUCUUCCAGGAACUGUCGGAGCAUCUUGGAAUCCGCAGACUGAAUGAGCGGCUCCUAGAUCCCAGAAUGCAGGACUCGUUCGAAUCUAUUUUCCCAAGGGAUAAUCCCAAGAACACACGGUUUUCCAUUAACUUUUUCACUUCCAUUGGGCUUGGUGGUAUCACUGAGAAUUUACGCGAGUAUUUGAAGAACAUGCCCAGACUUAUCAUGCAACAACAGAAGCCACCAUCAGAAUCAGAAUCAGAAUCCGGUGAUGAUUCUGGGAGCACGAGUUCAUACGAUAGAAAAAGUGCUCGUUCAAAGUCAAAGUCGCAUUCAUCAAGCUCUGAUGAAAGUGAAAGGCGCAGGAAGAAGAGGAGGCGGAGGCGAUGAAGAAGCGGCCUUUUCACCGAGUCUCGGUACUUGCUUCUCCUGAUUACUUUACUCGUUCAUGAUAAUUAGAGUACAUC